AUGGCUCUGGUGACAUCGGCAAGAAGACUAUUUCAUGUUUCGUUACGAGAAAGUUAUCUACGUCGAGCAGAAACACUAAUUUCAGCAACAAACUUAUCAUUGGCCGGUCAGAGAAGGGCCUGCAUUCGUGUAAGGGAUUUUAGCACCAACACACAACCUCUCAGAGCUGACAAUAAGGUGACGGUCCACUUCAUCAACCGAGAUGGAGAGAAGAUCUCUGUCAAAGGCUCUCCUGGAGACUCUCUCCUAGAUGUCAUUAUUGACCAGGACCUCGAUUUUGAUGGGUUCGGCGCAUGUGAGGGGACGUUGGCCUGUUCUACCUGUCACCUGAUCUUUGAGGAAGACGUGUAUAAUAAGCUGGGCCCAGUGACUGACGAGGAGAUGGACAUGCUGGACCUGGCAUACGGACUCGCAGACACGUCCCGCCUGGGUUGCCAGAUCUGCCUGACCAGGUCCCUGGACGGCAUGACGGCGAGGGUGCCUGAGAGUGUGGCAGACAUCCGACAGAGUGGAGACGGAUCCUCAUAAUAGCAA